UGUAAACGCUUUGCAUACUGUCUGAUGGAUUGGGUAUGCAGUAUGGAGUGUGGAUAGUUUGGGCAUGGAAGUAUGUAGUAGGCAGUAUACGGUUUCGAACACAGCCUGCGAGUCUGUUCCACACUCCUGUUUAGAGGGUGGCAGUAAUGCACACCAAAAGUCGUUUGCCACCGCCAAUAAAAAGAUAAUAAGAAGAAAGAAGGACAACGAAGAAGAACGCCGCUGACGAAAUCCCGCUGAGUCUCGCGAUAAGUGUAUUUGAGUCAACAGGAGGGAGUCUGCUCUUCGUACACUGGAGUAGCUAGCUAGUAAGCUAGCGCUGCAAAGAUAACUUAUCAUCCUCCAACAGGCCAACAAACGCCGUCAUAAAGCCGACGCCGAGGCACUCCAAGCAAGCCUUUUAAAAUGGGUUCUGAAGAGAACACAACAGUCUUUUCAACCUUGAAGUCCUUGAACUCCUUCAUCGGCUCCUCAGGGUCUUCAUCAUCAACCACAAGCAGCACCCUGCAGAACCAGUACAAGCGCAACAUGGACUUGUUAGAAGCAGCGGAGAGGGUCCAGUCUCACAGCCGCUACCUGCAACUGGACCAGGAGAAGAAACGCAUGGAGCUGAGCCACAAGCGCGUUCGUGUGGAGCUGGAGAGGAGCGCUAGCGACUCUGCAUACAAUCUGAAGCUGUUGGAGGAAAACUACAGUGAAAUGUCGUCGCGAGUGAAGAAGCUGGAGGAGAGGGAGAAGGAGGCCCUGAAGAAACUGGCAGAGCAAGAGGAGGUCAAUCGAGCGCUCAACAACAACCUGGAGAGCCUAGGCAAGAAACUGGAGGAGCGAGAUGCCCGACUGAGCAGCACCAGCCAGACCAUCAUCUGUCUGAAGGAUGAGGUCAGAGACCUCAAACAGACGUUGCAGAAUCAGGACUCUAUCAUCUCUCACAAGAAGUUAGAAAAUCAGGAAUUGCAGGAGCACCUGGAUUUACAACGCAGGAAGUACCAGGAAGUGUCUAAGCUCUGUCAAAGUCUCCAAGCGGCCCAGUCAACCGGCUCCGAGCACAUCAUGAAGAUCAAGGAGCUGGAGAGACGCCUGGCCCUCCAGGAACAGGACGCCGCCAUCGUGAGGAACGUCAAGUCCGAGGCUACCAGGGUCCCGGAUCUGGAAAAGGAGGUCAAGCGGCUCAGAGAGGAAAACCUUUUUCUCAGGGAGAGCAGGGAGAACUGCGGCCUGCUGAAAGAGGAGGUGGAGGGCCUGAAGAGGAAGUUGGAGCGGAUGGCCAAGACCAAGGAAGACCUGGUCAACGUGGAACUGGAGAAGGAGAGGUUGUCAGAGAAGAUCCGAGCAUGGGAAAACCUUGGCGAGUCCACCGGACUCAACAUCAGGAAACCAGAAGAUCUGUCCCGGGAGGUGAUUCAGAUCCAGCAGAGGGAGAUUACACUGAAAGAGCAGAACUACACGCUCAACAGCCGCCUGAGGAGCAUGGAGCGCUCCCUGUCCGAGCUUCGGGCGGAGCUGUCCCAGCAGCACGGCAAGAAUCUAGAGGAGCAGAAAAAGAAGGAGACUCAAGACGUGCUGCAGCGUCGGUUGCAAAAGAGAGUCCUGCUACUCACCAAGGAACGCGACGGCAUGCGUGCCAUCCUGGAGUCCUACGACAGCGAGCUGGCCCCCGCUGAGCACUCGCCACAGCUCAGCAGGCGUCUCAAGGAGACAGAGGAGGUGCUGUUCAAGACACAGAGCCUGAACACGGAGAUGGAGGUGCAGCUAACCAAAGCGGAGGACGAGACGGGAAGCCUGAAAGUGCAGCUGCAGACGCUGGAGUUUGAGCUGGAGUCUCUGAGGAAGCAGCAGGCGGCCUCGGAUGACGUCUCCUCAGCCAGCAAGGAGGAGGUCACCAUGCUAAGGCAGAAAAUUGAAGACCUGGAGGCCGAGCGCCAGCGCUUGGAAGGGCAGAAGGAAAUCCUGGAGAUGCGACUGGAGAGACACAACUUGCAGGGCGACUACGACCCGGUCAAGACCCAAGUCCUCCACCUAAGGAUGAACCCCACCUCCGAGGCCAAGCAGCAACGGCAGGAGGAGAUGGAUUCUCUUCGCCAGGAAGUGGACCAUCUCAGGGACAUGGUGCGCAAGCUGCAGGAAGGAGGCCACUCCCAGCUCGAUGCCCUCAUGCAGUCGGCCAACCUGACCUUGCCGCCGCCCAAGGAGGUGCUGGAGCUGCGGAAGCAGAUAGAGAGCUCGGAGCUGAGGAACCAGCGGCUGAAGGAGGUGUUUCAGAAGAAGAUCCAGGAGUUCCGCACUGUCUGCUAUAUACUGACAGGCUACCAGAUCGACAUCCCCAUCGAAAACCAGUAUCGCCUCACCUCCGUCUACGCUGAGCACAUGGAGGACUGCUUGAUCUUCAAAAAGGGCCCGACAGGAAACAUGCAGCUGAUGGAAACGACCUUCUCCAAAAGCCUGGAUGAGAUGGUGAACCUUCACCUUCAUCACCAGAACAGCAUCCCUGUCUUCAUCUCGGCGGUGACCCUUGAACUCUUUGGCCGGCAAACCACUGCUUGACAUUUUUUUAUUGUUCCAUUACUUCAUGACAAAGUUGUCAGGAGUUUUUUGUUUUUUUUUAACCUCUGUCCCUUUUCACUUUUUUGUGUUUGUUGAACAUAAACGUUCUACUGAA